AUGAGGACGACUGUACGACACCCCUGGCUAUACCGUUGCUCGGAAAGCAACAGGUAUCCUGGAAUGAUAAACAAACAAGCCCAUCGUGGACUGCAGGUCACUUGCUCUCGACCUAGGGAGCAAAUGCAGCCUAAGUCAAAAGGGCAUUCUCGGUCUCAGCUGGGACGGAGGGCGCUGUCAAGCUCUGGGCGCCGGCGCUCACAUCUCCCUCUCGGUGACCCACAACCCCCGCCUGGGAGGACCCAGAAGCAAUCCCGAAAGAGCCACCUGGGCACGUGCGUGACACUCACCUGUUCAUACUCUCCAGGCCCGGGAGAGCCGCGGUCCCCUUGCAAGUUCGGAAUCGUUGCUCCGGGACCGCUAACCCUCCCACGCUGCGCAGCCCAGUCUGCGGGGGGGCGUUUCCCAGCUGCUGGGCUGCGGUCGCGGGUGGGAGCGGCGGCAGCUGCGGCAAGUGCUGGCGGAGCGGCCAGGAUCUCCUCGCCGCCACUCGCUCCGACUAGCGGCCGAGGGACUGCGGCAGGACGCGAGCUCAGCCCGGAGAGGCCGCCAGGAUGCUGCAGUGCGGCGCUCGGGCGCCCCCUACCGGGGCCAGAGCCCGGCUCUUCCCGCGAGGCCGCCCCCGGCUGUAUGUACCAACAUGAACUAAUGGACCAAUGGAUUAUGUCUGUCAAAGAACAGGAACAAAAGGAAGCUUCAUCUCUGGUGGAGAAGGAUAUAUUGUGGUGUCAAAGGUGAACUUCAUGAGCUGUCUUGAAACAGGUGACUUCCUGUUUCUCAAGAGGACUUCCUGCCAGGA